AUGUGGAACGCUAGUUGGACCAAGGGGUUCGACAAUUUAUUGUACAGUGAUCGGAUUAGCAUAGUCAGUUUGGUACGGCGGAUCUGCCCCGAGGGAGGCGAGGAAGAUGCCGAAAAGGCCAAAUGCGAGUUGUCCUCCUCCGUGCAAACCGACAUCAAUCUGCCAUACAUCACCAUGGAUGCCUCCGGUCCUAAGCACUUGAACUUGAAGUUCACCCGUGCCACGCUGGAGCAAUUGGUCGGGGAUCUGAUCAAGCGUACCAUCGGACCAUGUCAGAAGGCUUUGGCUGAUGCCGAGAUAUCCAAGUCGGACAUCGGAGAGGUUAUUCUGGUCAACGGUAAGUCCCGUAUGCCCAAGAUGAAGCCGUCGCAGUCGGUGCGUGCUGCCGUGCAGGGUGGUGUACUUGCCGCAGAUGUAACCGAUUUGUUGCUGCUGGAUGUUACUCCCCUGUCGCUUGGUAUCGAAACCCUCGGAGGUGUUUUCACUCGUUUGAUCACUCGUAACACAACUAUCCCAAUGGAGAAGUCGCAGGACUUCUCCACUGGUAAGUCCUCUGGGUUUAAAAAUGUUCGAUUGAAUUGA